GAAUUUGAUAUGUAAUUUAUACUAUCUUUUUUUGGAGAACAGAUGGUAUGGUAUGGAGCAUGGAUAAAGAGAUCUAGUGAGAAUAAGGACUUACUUGAUGCUCUUCUCUCAAUGCUGACAAAUGUAUCAAGCAUGGCAAUCCUAAUGGAACAUGGGUUCUAUGAUGCAUAUGCUGGAGAAUCAAAGGAUCAUUCCCCGGCCGCGAAGUUCUACACAGGGGACAUAGUUUCCAUGAACUCCGCGGCCUCUUCUUCCCAUCAUCAUGACAUGCCAAUCGAACAUUUUUCAUACACGUGCUUAGCCAUAUUCAAGGACCGGUUCCAGAAGAUGGAUGGCGCGGUUGCUGGAGUUUGCUUAAAGUGUCAAACCAUACCAAAGGUUGCUGCCAUUUUCGUGUGGAAAUCGUUGCAAUGCUGCUACAAUUACAUCUUGAAUCAAGAUUCUAGGAGUGUUCUUCCUUAUUUUGAUGGAUUUUCACUUGAUUUGAAGUAUGAUGUUUUUAAGGUUGUUUAUGUAAGUGGGGAUGGUGCCUUAAACUUUCACUUUUACCCUCCACAUAAGAUGUUGGAGGGUAAAGAAGGGCUGCAUAAUAAUGUUACUCAAGAACUGAAUAGAGUUGCAGAAUAGAAACUUAAGCUUAGGGUUCUGUUAUAAGUACUACAUAACUAUUUAGUUUAUUAUUGGGCAUAUGGACAUGCAUUCAGUUUUGGUAUGUAAUUGAUUAAGUAUAUUACGAAAUGAUUAAGCAUUUAAAUAAACCGCUAGCUUAUGCUUUUUAUCU